CAAGUUAAACCAAACCCCCCCCCCCCCGAAUCAAUGUCGUCGUCCUCGUCCUUCCCCCCAACUCUCAACCCCACUCACAGACUCACUCUCCAAGAAGCCAUGCAAAACCCAGACCACCCACCACCGCCGUCGCCAUUCCCCACCAACCCUUCAUUCAAAGACCGCUUCUUAAUCUUCCUCAUCAUCUUCGCCUCUUCCCUCUUCGCCCUCCUCGUCUUCCUCACCCUCUCCUCCUCCUCCUCCUCCUCCUCCUCCGCCUCCCUCACCUACGCCACUCUCUCCCCACCCUCCUCCUUCUCCCCUCCUUCCUCCCCCCACAUCCCACCCGACCCGUUUCUCUUCCCAACCCAGCAGAGCCACCGCGUCAUCUACCACGACAACAACUCCUCCGAUCCGACCCCUCCCUCCUUCGCCUACCUCCUCUCCGGGUCUAAAGGCGACUUGGGUCGGAUCCUCCGCCUCCUCUACGCCACUUACCACCCCAGAAACCAAUACCUCCUCCACCUCGACCGCUUUGCUUCCCAGACUGACCGUGACCAGUUGGCCCUCAAGGUCCAAUCCGUCCCCAUCUUCAGAGCCGCCCAGAAUGUCCAUCUCAUCGGUAAAGCUGACUUUGUGUACCGAAAAGGCUCCUCUUCCAUCUCGUUCACUCUCCACGGCGCGUCGAUUCUGCUCCGGUUGUCAGCCAAUUGGGACUGGUUCAUCAGCCUCACUGUUGAUGACUACCCACUUCUCAAACAAGACGAUCUUCUUCACAUUAUGUCGUUUCUGCCCAAAGAUCUGAACUUUGUGAACCAUUCGAGUUACAUUGGCUGGAGAGAGUCAAAGAGGUUGAAACCGGUCAUUGUUGAUCCGGGGCUUUAUCUUUCUGAGAAAAAUGUGAUGUUCUAUGCGGCACAGAAAAGGGUGUUGCCUGAUGCUUACCGGUUGUUUACAGGUGCUUCAUUUAAUAUUCUAAGUCGUAACUUUAUGGAGUUUUGUGUUCUUGGUAUUGACAACCUCCCACGGACUCUAUUGAUGUAUUUUGCAAACACAGCUUCUUCCCUUUCUGACUACUUUCCUACCGUUAUUUGCAACUCCCGGCAGUUCAAUAAAACUGUCUUAAACCAUAAUUUACUAUAUGCUAAUUUUGACACACCCCCAAAAGAGAAGCACCCGCUGCUCAAUUCCAGUGAUUUUGAUGUUAUGGUUCGGAAUGGAGCUGCCUUUGCCACAGGAUUUCGAUCAGAUGAUCCAAUACUUGACCGUAUAGACAGAGAAAUUUUAAAACGCCGCCGGGGAAAAGUUGUGCCUGGUGGUUGGUGUUUAGGUGGGUUUGGAAAUGACACUUGCUCAGUUUGGGGAGAUGCUGAUAUUUUGAGGCCUAGUCCAAGAGCAAGAGGACUCGAGAAACUUUUAGUUGGUUUGCUCUCGAAUGGUACAUUUCGUUCUCACCAAUGUAUAUAUGAGUGAUCUGGAUUCAGUCCCAGCAGAUAGAGGAAAGGAUAAUGUAAUUGCCUUCCACCAUUUGGAAGAUUUUGGCAGAAGAUUACCUGCUAUGGGGCUAUUCUUUCUAGAACACUAGGUUUAUUUAGCUGAAGUUUGAGAUUGUUGUAAAAUGUAUCAUUGUGCUAUUAGAGUUGACCAACGUGUCCUGUUGUACAAGUGAUCCUUGCCAUUUGCCCUCCACCCCAUUGUUUGCAGAAUUAUAUUUUGUGUUGAGAAAUCGAUGAUUGAAGGAAGUUUGCAUUUGUCUUGCACGUCAGAGUUGAAAUGAAUGGCAUGGCACCUUUUGAAGUUGAGGUUUCCCUGGGCGUACAGUACUUGGUGGUGAAAUGGAAGCGUCAUACAUCAUGCACCGGUAUUUUAUUUGUAUUUUCCUUUUGAGAAUAUGUAUUCUGAAUCAUUGUUUAACCAGAUAUUGCUCUUUUGCAUAUAUGAAUAUAGCUUCUGUUUUGAUUGGGUUGACAACUA